AUGACAGGCGCAAUACCGCGCAUGGCCGGUCCCUUCCGUCAGGGCCUCUGCUCGGCGUCCAGUCUGCCCAGGGCUCUUGUUGUAUCGCCACAGCGGGCGCCCCGGCCAGCCCGCCGGUUCUUCUCAGAGGACAAGAUCUCGCACGCCUCGGGACGGGUCCAGGUAUACAUCUCGCGCAGCAGCGACCCAUAUCUGAACCUCUCGAUCGAGCACUUCCUCCUCCAGAAGUCUCACCCAGACUCAGUCGUCCUGCUGCUCUAUACCAACAGGCCAUGUGUUGUCAUUGGGCGCAACCAGAACCCAUGGGUCGAGGUCAACUUGGGCUUGCUCAAGGGCUCGAGGGAUCUAUUACGGCCUUACCGGAGUCCUGAGGGUGGCAGCGAUGCGCUGCUCCGCUCACCGCAGGUGCCCGUCACCGCUUCUGAUGGCGAGGCGCAGAAUGACGAGCCAGUGGAUGUGCAGCUUGUAAGGCGACGCUCUGGUGGCGGCACCGUCUUCCACGACGCUGGCAACAUCAACUGGAGCAUCAUCUGCCCGCCAGCCAUCUUUGACCGCGAUAAGCACGCCGAGAUGGUCGUCCGUGCCCUACGUGGUCUUCCGCUGGGCACGGAGCUCGAGAUCCGCGUCAAUGAGCGCCAUGACAUUGUCAUGGAUGUCCAGCAUGAGACAUCUGCGACCUCAACAUCCACCUCUGCCGGCUCAAGACCCGGCAGCAAGAGCAGCACUUUCAAGAUCUCAGGAUCGGCAUACAAGCUCACGCGCUUACGCUCACUGCACCACGGCACGCUUCUUCUGAGCUCCCCAAAUCUGCCAGUCAUCGGACAGUUCCUCCGAUCCCCGGCAGAACCAUACAUCAAGGCUCGAGGUGUCGAAAGUGUUCGCAGUCCGAUCCGCAACGUCGGUUUGUCCAAUGAUCCAGGAUCACCCUUUGAGCGAGCCGUGGUGCGUGAGUUUGACAAAAUGUACAACAAUGAAGAGUUCCGCACCUCGCAGCCAUCAACUGCCGGAACACCACAAUCUCAGCCUCCAUCUCCUCCUCCGCCGCCGCCAUCGUCUUCAGCAACCUCUCCAGCCCUUACACCAUUAGAACCAGAGGUCAUCACACCACAAGCCGCGAGGUCUCUCCUCGGCAGCAUACCAGCCAUUCGCAAGGGCUAUGACGAGCUCAGUUCGCUAGACUGGAUCUUCGCGCAGACGCCGCAAUUCACGUUCUCCACACACCCCACGGUAGAAGACCCUCGGCCACGACCUGACUCUGCGUCGCAGCUGGAAAUCGAAGACAGCGACGCGCCGUUCAAAGCGCACAUGUCUGUGCGCCACGGACAAGUCACGGACGCAGAGAUCAGCGGGCUUGCGGGGGAGUCGUCUCUGCUGUCGGGGGCCAGUAGCAGCGCAGACGACAAGACAACUUCUGUCGUGGGGGUCAAGCUCCACGAGAUACAGGACUGGAGGUCAAUCCUCGGGCACCAGGCUGUGGGAGCUUGGUUCAAUAAGUUGUUUGGCGUGACGCCGCGCCCAUGA